UGCGGAGGACGGUGAAAGCAGAGCCACGGGACGCUCCUUUGUAUUGUUGAAGUUUAGUCAAUAGAAAUUCCUAACGUGGUUAACAACAACUGUUUUUUUUCCAAAGAUUAAUGUCUAAACAUAGCAGCCAUAAUUUGUGUCUCCAGGGGGAACAAAUUAGGAUUGUUUUCAAGGAAUUCACAAGAAGAAACUUUUUAGCUUCCAGUUCCAAAUUGGCUUGUGAGCAUGCGCUUGGUGUGAAAAGCUCCAAAUUCAAAAGUGUUCUUCCUGCGGGUUUCAAGUAACGCCAAUAUCACGCUUAAUUAUGGUGGACAAGGGCCCAUUAUUGACAUCAGCAAUAAUCUUUUAUCUGUCAAUUGGGGCAGCAAUAUUUCAAGUUCUCGAGGAGCCGAACUGGAAGAGAGCGGUUAAAAACUACACGCAUGAAAAGGAUCAAUUACUCCAAAAGUACCCCUGUCUCAAGAUUGAAGACUUGGACAAGAUUUUGGAGGUGGUGUCCGAGGCUGCAGGGCAGGGCGUGACCAUCACGGGGAACAAGACCUUCAACAACUGGAACUGGCCCAAUGCCGUCAUCUUCGCCGCCACCGUCAUCACCACCAUAGGUUACGGGAACAUCGCCCCGAAGACGUCUUCCGGCCGGAUCUUCUGCAUCUUCUACGGCCUCUUCGGCGUGCCGCUCUGCUUCACCUGGAUCAGCGAACUGGGGAAGUUCUUCGGCGGACGGGCCAAGCACCUGGGCCUGUACCUGACCAAGAGAGGGGUCACCCUGAGGAAGGCCCAGUUCACCUGCACCGCCAUCUUCAUCCUGUGGGGGGUGCUGGUCCAUCUGGUGAUCCCGCCCUUCGUCUUCAUGUGCCAGGAGGGCUGGUCCUACAUCGACGGGCUCUACUUCUCCUUCGUCACCUUGACGACCAUCGGCUUCGGGGACAUGGUGGCGGGCGUUGACCCGGACGUGGACUACCCGACUCUCUACCGCUACUUUGUGGAGGUGUGGAUCUACCUGGGCCUGGCCUGGCUCUCCCUCUUCUUCAUGAAGGUGCGCAUGGUUGUGGAGGCGCACAAGGCCCUGAAGAAGAGGAGGAAGAGGAGGAAGCUCUCCCUGGACGAGCUGCGGCACUACAAGGAGGCCAACAAAAACUCGCUGCGGAUGCCCCCGUCCGCAAACGACGUCAACAUCUUCAGCUUCCUGUCCAAGAAGCAGGAGGGCUACAACGACCUCAUCAAGCAGAUCGGCGUCAAGAAGGAGCCGCCGUCCGGCAACGGGAGAGGAGGAGGAGGAGGAGGCCUGACGAAGGACCAGAUGCGCUCCAAGAGCUGUGGAGACACGGUCAGCAGCGACAACGCCAUCCUGAACCUGGACCGCUCGCCCCGGCAGAAACGGCGCUACAGCUUCAGCGACCGGAUGACCGUGGCCUUCUCCAAGUCCAAGAGCUACCUGAUGGGCCUGGAGGAGGGCAUGCUCCUGACGGAGACGCCCGGCGAGGCUGACCUGGAGGCCCAGGAGGGGGUGUACGAGAACCAGCUGGACAAGGACGAGGGCGAGGGCGAGGGCGGCCGCGCCUGGGACUCCAAGGACUACCAGUCGCUCAUCUUCCAGAACGCCAACAUCACCUUCAUCGACGAGGAGAACCUGCUGGACGACGACGGCCGGCCCAAGCUGUCCACGUCGGACGAGAACGGCGAGUCGUCGGAGACGGACUCCAAGGAGGAGCCGGGCUCCGAGUCGGAGAGCUCGGAGGGGACGGAGGGGUCGGUGUUCACCACGGACAGCUCGGACCGCUGCCACUCCUACGAGCAGCUGGUGGAGGAGUACACCAAGGAGGACAACACGGAGUCCUGAGACUCUUCGCCUCGCUGUGGGAGUCGCUCCUACGUUCCUUUCACGCACGCGAACCGGAGAGGAGGCGGACACACUCGACUAACGGCUGAAGAGGACUGAAAGUACUGGCUAACGGUUCGGCUACCGGCGGACCAGACUCCGGUCCGUGGUCCACGUUCUCGCGUGACGGCCACGAGCAGCCGUGACUGCCAUUUUGGCUGUUUUCUGUGCUUGUGGAACCACCGCGUUGUGACCGACAACACGACACUUACACGCGGACCGCUCUUGUGUCUUAACAAUCCCAACAGUUGCAUUUGUGUCGUCUUAUCACGUAUUGCAUCCGUGUUAUUGUAUUUAUUAGAAACGGAAGGUCUUAACGAGCCUGCCUCUAUGACUGUGAACUUUUGUAACGGAUCCAUUCACGUCGAAGAGAUCCUGCGUUCUCUGUUCGGCGGUGUUAAACGGACUUUUCACGGAGACUUGACAAUAUCUUCCAAAUGUGGAUUGCUUCUAGUUUCCCCAAAUCAUAUUCACCAUAUUGGUGCGUUGUUAUUGUUGAUUGUGUUAAUAUUACUGAGAAUGAAGGAGUGUCUUUUUCUGAUGACAUGUAGGCCUUGAUUUGAGUCCCCCCUCAUGACCAGUGUUUCUUCAACAAAAAGCAAA